GUUAGCUACACGUUGUAUGGUCUACACUGAACAACAAUAAACCCAUUACAAAUGUAAUUAUCUGAUACAAAAAUAAUCAGUUGUUAUCUAAAUCAUGUGAGAAGAAAGUACAUCGUCGGGGCCUCAACAGAACAUUUCUUCAAUUUAUGUUUGUGUUGAGAAAAGUGAAGAAAAAUGCAAAUGUGGUGGAUUAGUUUUGUUGGUGCUUGUUGUUUGGUGAUCACUUGUGCAGUGUCCCUUCCAACUACCACAGAUGUCACCCCGGUAGUUCCGCGGGAAUUUCCAAAUUUUAACCAAAACUACACUUUUGUGGACAACUCGAGUAUAAGGGAGAAUUUAGCGAGUCAUUCGGAAGUAGACACGGAAGUUGAAGAUUUAUUAACCAAACAUGAGGAUGAAGAGCCAAUAAAGCAAGAAGGUGAAGUCGUUCUAAAUCCCUCUGAAGAAGACGAAUAUGUAGGGAAAAAAAGUGUCGUUGAAUGGAUUGAAAACGGGGACGAUACAGAAGACGAUAAAUUCGGUACAGAAAAGAAUCAACAAGCAGAAACUACAAUUAAUGAAAUCACAUUUAAAACGGAAACCACGCAAGAAGAAACUACGAUUAAAACGGAAACAACUACGAUUAAAAGGGAAACAACUACGAUUAAAACGGAAACAACUACGACUAAAUCAGAAGUAACAACACCUACGACACAACAAACAAGUACGGAGAAAAGCAGCGAAAAUGUGAUACUGGAACCAUAUAAAGAUGGCGUCCCUGUUAUCAGCGGAUCAACGGCAGCCAUUUUGGUUGGCGCAUUUUUAGUUAUUUGUAUUUUUGGAUAUACAGCGUUGAUUCUAUGGAGGCGAUCGUUAGAGGUGAAAUAUGGUAGCAGAGAGAUGUUGGUUGAUAGUGACGACAUAUUCGAUCCGGACGAUCUCAAACACUUUUCUAUUUAAAAUGACGCUCCUCAACCCACAAAAAAAUGCAAUCCUACAGUACAAUGAAUAGUCAUAUUUAGGUAACUGUGAUAUCUAUAUUUGUAUCUUAAGUAGGUCUUCUAUCAGAUACGCGCUGAUAAGUAACAUGUAUGUAAUGUCGCCAUUUUUGUAACUGUAAAAACAAAUUCUUAAUAAAAGUUCCUAAAUUAUAA